AUGCCGAGAGGUCGUCGCGAUCCCCCUCCGACGGAAGCCGAGCUCAUGCAUCAAACUCUUGCGGCUCUUCAAGAGCUGAUGCAGCAGUUAACGAUAGCGAUUCAGGCGAUGGCUGUGCAACCGAUGAUUGGCCUUGAGAACAAGGAUAGAGAACAGCAACUAGUAGCUCCUUUUAUGGGUGGUUUGAGGCAGCAAAUUCAAUUCACAUUGAAUUUGUUCAAUCCUUUGUCUGUUGCGGAAGCUCACCAGCAAGCUUUAACGGUUGAAGCUCAAACUAAAGUGAACUUCUCGGCGUGGAGUUCUGUUCGUCCUCCUCGCACUACUCCGACUUCUGUUUUCCCUCCACCAGAAACAGUUGCUCCAGUCACAGCUAUCCUAUGGAACGAAACAGUGCUGGUACCUGAAAACAACCAGCAUUCAAAUGGACCAGGAAAUUUGAGGUGUUUUAAUCGUGGAGAAACCGGCCACAAACAGUCUGUUUGCCUAACCCGAAAUCAACGUGGUAUCUUUUUAGAUGCUUUGGGCCGUGAUGUGGAGAUCGAUGUUGAAGACACUAUUCAUGAGGAGCAAUGUGAACUAGAAGCGGAUACAGGUCACUUAUUGAUGCUGCGGCGAUCUUGUUUGGCGUCUCGCGGAGAACCAGAGUUUUCUCAACGAAAUACCCUAUUUCAAUCACGUUGUAAGAUCAACAGACGAGUAUGCAAAUUCAUUAUUGAUUCAGGCAGCUGUGAGAAUGUGGUUGCAGAGGAAGCUGUUAAAAAAUUGGCUCUUAAAGACGAAAAGCACCUUACUCCUUACAAGUUUGUGUGGUUAAAUCAAGGCAAUGAAGUGUGUGUGACUCGUCGCGCUUUGGUGAAUUUUUCCAUUGGAGACGCUUACAAGGAUAAAGUCUACUGUGAUUUCGUUCCCAUGGAUGCGUGUCACUUGUUACUUGGAUGCUCUUGGGAGUUUGAUCGAAAGGUUCAACAUGAUGGUUUUCUCAAUACUUACAGUUUUUCCUUUCAAAAUCGCAACUUCACUUUGAAGCCUACUCUUCCGUCGAUCACACCAGCAACGAGAGCUCCUAUCGUAUUGUUACGACAUGCGUUAUUUGAAGAAGAAAUGUGUGAGGAAGGUUUUGUGUUUAUGUUGCUUACAAAACCAACUCUUACGGUCGCAAUCCAACAGAUUCAGCCAACCUUUCGGGAGAUUAUUCAAGAGUUCUCCGAUAUCUUUCCUGAUGAUCUUCCACACGGUUUACCCCCUCUGCAUGAUAUUCAACAUAUGAUUGACUUGGUGCCAGAUGCUUUAUUUCCCCAUCGACCUCAUUAUCGAAUGAGUCCAAGUGAGCAUGAAGAAUUGCGACAUCAAGUUGAAGAACUGCUUUCUAAAUGGUUUGUGCGCGAAAUUUUGAGUCCAUGCGUGUCGUACAUUAACAAGAUAACAAUGUGUUAUCGAUUUCUCAUUCCAAGACUAGAUGAUUUACUUGAUAAAAUCGGUGCUGCCACUUUGUUUUCUAAACUGGAUUUGAAGAGUGGCUAUCUUCAGAUUCGUAUACGACCUAGAGAUGAAUGGAAAACUGCUUUCAAGACCUGGGAAGGACUUUUUGAAUUGUUGGUCAUGCCUUUUAGUUUAUCAAACGCCUCUAGUACCUUUAUGCGUGUGAUGAAUCAAGCUUUGAGACAAUUCAUUGGUAAAUCUGUGGUCGUUUAUUUGGAUGACAUCUUGAUCUUUAGUUUGUCGUUUAUUCAUUUGCAUGAAGUCCUGAACGUACUUCGGCGUGACAAGCUCUUUACAACAGUGAAAAAAUGCGAGUUUGGGUCUCCUGAAGUUCAGAUUCUUGGCUACAUAGUUUCUGCUAGAGGCUUAGCUGUUGAUCCUAACAAGGUCUCGGCCAUUAUCUCUUGGCCUCUUCCAAAGACGCUUACGGAUACUCGCAGUUUUUACAAUUUGGCAUCUUUUUAUCGCUGUUUUGUUCCACAAUUCAGCAGUCUUAUGACUCCUAUAACAGAUUACAUGCGAGACAUUUGUCCGGACUCCAGCAGCGUCUAA